CUAGGAUCGAAUAGAAGCGACACUGACUCUCGUCUGCGGUACUUUGCCACAGUGACCAUUCGUCCAACCUAUCUCAACCAUGAGCGACAACAAGUUCUCUGGCACAUUGCCAGACGAGAAUUCCUCGGAGGCCGAGACAUACGAUGCUGUCUGUCACUGCGGAACGGUCGAAUACUCGGUGACGCUUACGCCUCCUCUACCUAAACAGAAGGUCGUAUCGUGUAAUUGCUCCAUCUGUUCGCGAAACGGCUACUUGCUCGUGUAUCCGCUACGAGCACAGUUCAAUCUGAAGAGCGGCGACGCCGCUCUUAAGACGUACUCCUUUGGGAAAAUGAGGAAUCAUCACAAGUUCUGCGGUCGAUGUGGGAGCAGCGUCUUCUUCGACCCCAGGCUUAUCGAACUGGGGGAUGGAUCACCGGAUCUGUUAGGAGUUAAUGUCCGCAUGUUCAAGAAUGUUAAACUGGACGAGCUGGAGAUUGUGCAAUACGACGGGAAGAACCAAAUGCCUGACGUAAGCAACGUAUCUCAUCUACAAUGAAAACAAUCCACCAUAUCCAGUAAACUCUCUGUAGCCUUAUUUCUGUAAUUAUUAUCUGUAAAUUUGCGAUAGGUUUAA